AUGCCGGAGGGCGUGGCCAAGGAUGGCAAAGAUGCCAAGGCGAAAGCGAAGGAAUCGCCGAAACGACGUACCAACGUCGCCAAGGUGAAAGUGGAACUGCUUGAUGGGUCGACCAUGGAAUUAGAAUCUGAUAGAAAAAUUCGUGGUCACGAGCUACUAAACAAAGUGUGCGACAGCCUCAACUUGGUGGAGAAGGACUACUUUGGACUGCUGUACGAGGACCGGGGAGACCCCCGGGUAUGGAUCGAUCUGGACAAGCGGGUUUCGAAGAUGUUAAAACACGAGCCGUGGGAGGUGCGGUUCGCAGUAAAGUUUUACCCGCCAGAGCCUGCGCAGCUGCAAGAGGAACUGACUCGGUACCAAUUGGUGCUUGCAAUUAGGAAAGAUUUGCUUGACGGUCGUCUCCCCUGCUCAGCAGUGACGCACGCCCUACUGGCCAGCUACCUCCUGCAGUCUGAACUCGGUGACUAUGAAGACACGGAGAUGGGGGCUGGUCUCUGCAAGCAGCUCAAGCUGGUGCCGCCCUCCGCUUGCACUCCUGAUCUCGAGGAGAAGGUUCUGGAACUUCACAAGACCCAUAGAGGGCAGACCCCGGCGGAGGCGGAGCUGAACUACCUGGAGAACGCCAAGAAGCUGGCCAUGUACGGUGUGGACCUGCACCCCGCCAAGGACUCGGAGAACGUCGACAUCACGCUCGGCGUCUGCUCCUCCGGUCUACUCGUGCACAGGGAGAAACUCCGUAUAAACCGUUUCGCGUGGCCCAAGAUCCUCAAGAUCAGCUACAAGCGGCACAACUUCUACGUGAAGCUCCGCCCCGGCGAGUUCGAGCAGUUCGAGUCCACCGUGGGCUUCAAGCUCGCCAACCACCGCGCCGCCAAGAAGCUGUGGAAGACUUGCGUCGAGCAUCACACAUUCUUCAGGCUGAUGUCGCCGGAGCCGGCGCCGCGCGGCGCGCUGUUCCCGCGGCUGGGCUCGCGCUUCCACUACAGCGGGCGCACGCACUACGAGUCGCGCGCCGCGCCGCCCACGCGCGCGCCGCCGCGCGUCGCGCGCACGCUCUCCGCGCGCCGCCUCUCCUCGCGCAGCGCCGACGGUACGUCUCAC